CAAACAUCGCGUCGGCAGUCCCCGGCAAAACUUCGUCCGAGGGUAAACGUACUUCAUCGCCGAUUCCCCAGUUUUCAUAUUUCUAUUUACUCAAACAAUAUCCAGCGUCCUCCUCCGACUUCGCUGCAGUCGAUUGACUCGACUCUCCGGUGGCACCGGGAAUCGACUCGAACGUAACACUUGCACCUCAGAGAAAUUUGAAAAAAUGGCUCUCUUAACGGCGUACUGGAGCCUCGAUUUCCUCUUGACAUUGCUGUUUCUCUUCUUGGCGGCUUAUUUUUACAUGACCCGGAACUUCAAUUACUGGAACAGUAAGGGUGUUAAGGAAAUAAAGCCGAUUCCAUUUUUCGGCAACUUCUUGAGCUGUUUCUUUUGGCGAAUAUCACCCGGCGAGUGGGUACAGAAACUGCACGAGCAAUGCGAAGGGCUACCUUACAUGGGAUUCUACUUGUUCGACAAACCGGCUCUGUUGAUUCGGGACCCCGACUUGGUAAAGAACGUUUUGAUAAAAGAUUUCCAAUACUUUGCCGAUAGACACGUAAGGGCAGGGGCUGCCGAUACGGUUGGAUCUGCAAAUAUGUUCCUCUUGAGAGGCCCGGUAUGGAAGAAUCUUCGCCAACAAAUAACUCCGGUAUUCACAUCGGGAAAAAUGAAGAAGAUGUUUCAUCUGAUGUUGGAAAUUGGCGACGAUUUGGAAAACUAUUUGGAAUCUUGCGUCGCGGGAGACAGUGGCCAAAUAAUCGAGGUGAAAGAGAUCAAUGCGAGAUUCGCGACGGAUUCGAUCGGCUCGUGUAUCUUCGGUGUAGAAGUUAACUCCUUGCACGAUCAACAGUCGAGUCUCAGACAAUGCGGAAAAGAUAUGUUCGGAUUCAGCUACUUGCGCAGCAUAGAGUUGAUGUUCGCAUUUUUCGCCCACGAUUUGGCCGAACGCCUGGGCAUGAAGUUGAAUUUUUUUUCCGAUUCCGCGAACAAUUUCAUGCGCAAUCUUUUCACGACGAACAUGAACGAGAGACUGAAGCGCGGUUAUAACAGGGACGAUUUUAUCGACUUGCUGAUCGAUUUGAAAAAAACGACCGCUUUCAACACCAAUCCUCAUGCUUUCAAAUUUGACGGCGACAACCUGGUCGGACAAGCGGCUACAUUCUUCGCCGCAGGGUUCGAAACUUCUUCGAGUACCAUGUCUUUUACUCUGUACGAGUUGGCCCUGAAUCCGGAUAUUCAGACGCGAAUUCGAAACGAGCUGAACGCAGCCCUCGAGGAAACUGGAGGAAAAUUGACCUAUGAACUGGUGACGGGCCUGAAAUAUCUGGAUAUGGCCGUGGCGGAGACGCUCCGAAAAUAUCCCCCACUGGCGUUCAUGGACAGGAUUGCGACCCAAGACUACAAAGUGCCGGGGAGUGACCUAGUCAUCGAGAAAGGAACUCCGGUAUACAUUUCUGCGCUUGGGAUCCAAAAAGAUGCGGAAAAUUAUCCUGAUCCCGAGAAAUAUGAACCGGAACGAUUCAGUCCUGAAAAUAAGCAGACCCGUCAAUCUUGUACUUACCUACCUUUCGGGGAGGGUCCCCGAAUUUGCAUCGGAAUUCGUUUUGGAUUACUCGAGAGCAAGAUAGGAAUCAUCAAGUAUUUGCGUAAAUUCGAAGUGAUUCCAUGCGAUAAAACUACUGUACCAAUGCGCUUCAACUCGAAAGCUGUCGUUCUGACAUCACCCGGUGGAAUCUAUUUGAAGUGCCGCAAGAUUAGGACUUGCUCAGAAUUGCAAGAACCGCGUCGCUUGACCUCCGCAGAAGCAGUCAUGGCUCUGGUGACCCCGUAUUGGGGCCUCGACGGCAUUCUGGUUUUCCUGUCUUUGAUUUUCGCGUUUUAUCUGUACAUGACGCGAAACUUCAAGUACUGGGCGAAGCGAGGAGUAAUGGAGAUGCCACCUACGCCCUUUUUGGGAAACUUCGUGGACUGCGUCAUGUUCCGCACCUCGCCCGGAGAAUUCCUCAGAGAUCUGUAUGAAAAGAGCAAAGGUCUCAAGUACAUGGGAUUCUACAUCUUCGAUAAGCCUUUCAUCCUCAUCCGUGAUCCGCUCAUCAUAAAAAACAUCCUCGUCAAAGAUUUCAAUUGCUUCACGAACCGACACGUCGCUGCGGCCGAACACGACGCUUUGGGCGCUGCGAAUCUUUUCAUGAUCAGAAGCCCUCACUGGAAGACCUUGAGAACCAAACUGACGCCGGUAUUCACCUCGGGAAAGAUGAAGAAAAUGUUCUAUUUGAUGACCGCCGUCGUCGGCGACCUGGACACUUAUCUCGAAAAGCUCGAGCUGGAGGGUGACGGCAAAUCGAUGGAAAUAAAGGACACCUGCGCCAAGUUCACGACCGAUGUGAUCGCCUCCUGCGCUUUCGGUCUGAACGUCAAUUCGUUGAAUAAUCCAGAUGCCGAGUUCAGAAAAUGCGGUAAAAAGAUAUUCGACUUCACCUACAGACGAGCCGCGGAGCUUUCGGCUUUCUUUUUCACUCCGGGUAUAGUGAAGCCAUUGGGUUUCAAGUUCUUCGAAAAUAGCUGUUCGGAAUUCCUACGAAAGGCCGUAACGGGUACCAUCACCGAGCGAACGAAGAGCGGAAUUCGAAGGAACGACCUGAUCGAUACUCUCGUCGAAUUGAAAAACGCCCAGGAUCAGAGCGAUACGAACGAUCCGGGUGCCUUCAAGUUCGAGGGGGAUAACCUCGUAGCCCAAGCCGCGGUGUUUUUCACAGCUGGUUUCGAGACAUCCUCGACCGCGAUGUCCUUCGCCCUUUACGAACUUGCUCUGCAGCCGCAACUCCAAACGAGACUUCGCAACGAGAUCACGUCCGCCCUCGAGGAGACCGCGGGGGAGCUGAAUUACGACACGGUCAUGAAGCUCCCCUACUUGGACAUGGUGGUUUCCGAAAUUCUUCGCAAGUAUCCACCGCUCCCGUUCCUGGACAGAGUGGCGUCUUACGAUUACAAAGUCGCCGGUACCGAUCUGCUGAUCGAAAAGGACACACCGGUCUACAUUCCCAUGUACGGACUGCACUACGACCCCGAGUACUUUCCCGAACCGGACAAAUUCGAUCCCGAGAGGUUCAGCGAAGAGAACAAGCAAAAACGACCCUCCUACGUCUACAUGCCCUUUGGCGAGGGCCCGCACAACUGCAUAGGUAUCCGAUUCGGUCUGCUGCAAGCGAAACUCGGUAUCAUGAAAAUUAUUUCAAAGUUCGAGGUGUCGCCUUGCGAUAGGACUCCGAUCCCGAUGCGCUUUGACCCGAAAGCUCUCCCCAUAACUUCCAAGGAUGGCAUUUUUCUCAACGUACGCAAGCUGACAAUAACCGGCGGACACAAUUAACGGCUAUUCAACUCUCGACGAGCGAAGUAUAGAUAAAGUUAGUAAUGGUGGUCUAUAGGUGGUAUAUAGAUAUUUAAAUCACACAUGAACACACUGACGGCGUACCAUCGGUGCUAUCGACAAUCAACGGCUCAGCUAUUAUUAAAUAUCAUUCGUGCAAAUUGUGUACAUAUACGCGUCUGGAGAUAAAACCAUUUGUUUACUGCUGAUAAUAGUUCGAAACUCUAAAAAAAAUCCAUACUCGUCAGAGAGGUACCUGGUGGCGAACUGCACUCACAAGCGCACUUACAAUUACAGCGAUAGAGCCAUGGGAUUUUUUUUGUUUUACGUGUUUUUUUUUUUUUGUACGAUAACCGCAGAAGCACGUUAUCGACGGCAGACCCUUGACGGUGGAUAGAUUAGAAAAAAAAGAAAAUCAUUUUCCGAAGUGGAUAGAUAUACAUCUUCAACGUGUUUAUUUUUAAAUAUUUUCAGCACUAUCUAAACAGUUGAUACACAGCGAUUCAUUUUUGUCGUAUUCUUAAAGUCUAAUUUGGAUGUUAAUUGAAAUUUUUUCCUCAUUCCAUUAUCUUACAACCAUAACGCAACGCUCCGGAUACCGAAGAUGUAUGAUAACGAACCAAUAUACAGAUAUGACGGAUAAUACAGAUUGUACAAUCAUGUAGGAACUACGACAUAAGAGCUAAGCGAGAUCGAUCCACGACACCUCUGAGCAUACGUUAGACCUGUCGUGGUAUACUUUCGCCGAGUUUAUUAUAUUGGUAGAACGCAGUUUGACGGGGAGGAAGAUAAUAACAGGUAUCAGGUAGGAGUGUACACGUGUAUACAUAUCUAAUUAUUACAUUCCGACGCACAUCUUUACAUUUUAUUGGCUCAUUCUCGUUUAUAAAAACUGAUAAAACAUAAUAAUCAAUAUACAUAUACGUUAUACAGAGACUGCGGUAGAAUUGUUCUUUUAUAUAUCGAUAUACGGGGUAAAUUCAACAAACGACCGCAGGCCCCGCGACACUUUAAAGUACGCAAAUUCUUUUGCGUCGCUUCGAGUAGAUCGCGUCGGUCAUUCUGUACUUUGAUCCUUCGAUUUUUUCAUUUGCGUACCCUACACGGUGUGUUACGUUUGCACGUAGUCCGAAAGCCAAAAAAUUAAUGGAUAUUCAUCGUUGACAAAUAAAACACGUUACACGUAUACCUAUAAUUUAUCAUCGAUAUUUUCGGGCUCAUUAUCAGUAUAUCGUUCGCGACAUCCGAACAGUGUGAGAGGGGCAAAAUCUUUUAUACCCGUUCGGAAGAAUCGAGGAUAAUCCGUGGCCCCGAUCUUCCUUAAAAUCGACGAACGAUACGGAUUAACACAACGAAAUUCAACACCUCCGUGUUUCGAGUCGCGAAAAUGUAUUCAUAAUCCGGGAGCCCACGAUAAUUUUGAAUCGCACAAUUCCUUUUUAAUAUCAUUAGUUUCACCGAUUCGUUAAGCUUGAUCUGAAAACUUGGAACUUUUGAAAACGCGCCCGUCGACUUCCGCAUUAGCCGGGAUCAGGGAGAGCCAAUGGCUGAGGUUCGGUGAUAGUGGGAUUGAAUCCGAACCAAUUGGAAAGGUUCUUUUGGUUCGUGCACCGACAAGUUGUUUUGAAAAAUCAAAACUUUUUCAUAAGCCUCUUCAGGGGCGAUGAUUUUUCCAAAUAAUAAUCUGAUAAAUCCCCUUCAUCGUUCGUAAUUUUAAAAUCCAUGUAGUUUUACACCUAAUUUAUUACCUAUUCAUAAUUAAUAUCGAUCGUUGCUCGCCCGCGAGCAUACCGUCUACCACGUACGUACGUACGUACAAGUGGGACGUACGAUCCGAUUAAAAAAAAAAAAAAAUUUAUAUUUCCAAUGUGAUAUUGGCAAUAAAAUUGAUUGUUGUAUUUGUAAUCGUCAGUAUUACGUAUGAGUUGCAUAAUAUAUACUAUAGAUGAAAA